AUGCUCCAAAUGAGUCCUUCUUGGGAGCCAAUGAGGACUUUCCUCCCGUUCGGAAACCCCUUCCGCAUGAUACUGCUCAAGGGCUCCCUUUCCUCCAAGCACCUCGAUCUACUCAACACUUUUGAGGACACACUAACGGCCAGGCUCAGAGACCUCAAGCCUGCAAAACCAGAAGAAGUCCUGUGCCUCUCGUGGAUGAAAAACGCCACACGCUUGCUUUCCGAAACCCAUGCGGACAUUAAAGUCCUCAUCACCGCCCUCGAGUUGCCCGUCCGGGACUGGGACGAGAAAUGGAUCGACGUCUACUUGGGCAACAGCAUGAAGCUGCUCGACACCUGCCUCGCCUUCACAUCCGAGAUCUCCCGCCUGAGGCGGGCCCACCUCUACCUCACUUGCGCCGUGCACGACUUGAGAGGUGCUUCUCCGACAAAGUUAAUGGAGGCACGUUCGUCCCUUGACGAGUGGAGUCAUUGUAUUCGCGCCAAAAACCCUAGGCUUGAUAGGUGCUUCUCAAUUAUGGAAGGUCUCGCCAAAACACUUGAUGUCCCGAAAUUAAAAGUUUCCUCGAAAGGAGAAGUCUUGAUGCGGGCCAUGUUUGGUGUCAAGGAGCUGACUCUCUUCGUGUGCAGCACGUUCCUUGCCGCUUUCACGGGCUCUGGUAUGAAGCUGAUCGAUCUGCGGGUGCCUGCGAGUUGCUCGUGGGCCGAGGCUUUUGUUGAUCUGCAGAAUUUUGUGAAUACAGAAAUUAGGAAGGAGUAUUCGAGGGGAGUGUUCACAGUCUUGAGAGAGGUGGAGGACGUGUACUUGUUGAUAAAUACAUUGUACCCUAUUGUGCAAGAUGGCGUUGGGAAAACUGUCGAGUCUGAAAUGAUGUUGGCAAAGAUCCUGUCGGAUUUGGAGGAGUCGGACGAGAGGUUGUAUUCGGGGCUUAACGAGCUUGCGAAGGAGGUAGAUGGGUUUUUCAAGGUUAUUCUGAGUGGGCGAGAUGCUUUGCUUUGCAACCUUCGGUUUGUUGGCGAUGUAUCGGUUGAGGUGUCGAGUAUGGGUGAUGUGCGGGGCCAGGCCGUGAGGUGA